UACACACAUUUUGCACGCGGCUACGCUGUCAUACGGUUCUAUCGUGUCUAAAAUUCUCCUCCCCAGGGCAGCCGUCUUUUCUUGAAGAGGGUAUCAAGGUCAACCGACGCGGCGACGUAGUGACAUCCAAGUCGGUUCUUAGCGAACCGUAGUCGCGCCUCGCUGACAGAUCGUCCUGUGCGUCUCUCAGGCGUGCACGCCUGUCACGAGGAUAACGUCGUAAGCAUUCAGGACUGAUUAGAACAAUAAAUUUCCGUGAAAAUCCUCCCUGUAGAGAAUCGAUAUAUUUGUUCAUUCUGUAAUUCACCAUGAUGUGGGCAACAUUGCUCGCAGGACUCGUCUUACUGUCGGCGAUACCUUCUGGUUUUCCACGAAGCGUCUAUGAUGGCCGACAGAAACGCAGUAUUGAUCUAAACGAUGUCUACUACUCGAAAAUGCCCCAAUAUAGAUUACCAAACGAAGUUACGCCAACCAACUAUUAUUUGGAUAUCGAGAUACCUUCCAUCGAGAGCGAUCGAUUCAACGGUCGCGUCAAGAUCAACCUCACCUGGUCAGACACCAGCGAUAGAAUAAUUCUAAACGUUCAUCAAAAUCUAGAGAUUUCGAUGGUCAACAUUAGGAUGAUUCAACUAGCGCCUGAAGAAGCGGAGAAAGGCGUACCGAUGGGCGUUAAUAUCGCAAGAACAGAACGACAAAAACAGAAAUCCUGGUACAUCAUCCAUUUGGAGCAAAUGCUGAAGAAUGGAAGUGCCUGUGAGGUGGAUAUCACGUAUUAUGGAAAUAUCACGACCAAUGAGACUACUGGCCUCUACAAAAGCGGAUAUAUGGAUUCCGGUGGCCGAGAACACCUCUUCAUCGCCACUUAUUUACAAUUAGAUAACGCGCAGAAAAUGCUACCGUGUAUGGAUGACCCUCCUUAUAAAACGACUUUCAAAUUGAAAGUAUUAUAUCCUAAAGGUUUAAAGGCGCUCACAAACACACCGUCGAUCUCCCGACGCGAGUUGACCGAGAAAUCGAAAAUUGAAGAAGAAUUUGAAGAGACACCGAGAAUGUCGACGAAUCAAUUAGCUCUCAUAAUAUCAGAUUUAGAAUACAUUGAACCUCUAAAAGAAGUGAACAAAAUAGACGGAUGGAAAUUGCAAGUCAAAGUUUGGGGCCGCAAGGAAUUCAUGGAGCGGCUGGUUGACGUUCCUGAUAAAGUCGUGACGAUCAUUAAUUAUUUGCAAAAUUAUUUCAACAGUUCUUUUAGUUUAUCCAAAUUGGACGUAAUGGCCAUUCCCAUGUACAGCGCUUCUAAAGCGUCUGACAAUUGGGGUCUCAUGUUCUUCAAAGAAAGUGAACUCAGCAGUCCUCUAGUAUGGACCACUGCCUAUGAACUUCUCUAUCAAUGGAUCGGUCAAACUAUCACUCCGUAUCGUCGAAAUGAUGCGCCAGUUAAUAAAGCUCUCAAUUCGUUCUUAGCAUCUAUGGCGACAAUUGAUCUCAAUCCAAAUGAAAUGGAAGGAAAAUGGCCAAUGACAGUAUUGUAUUCUCUGUAUUACGAAUUUGCGCAGACAGCACCUUUCUCUAGAGUAGCUGGAAUUAGACACGAAGCAACAUGGACAAAAGCCGAGUUGGUUUUCCGAAUGUUUAAUUACACUUUUGGUCACGAACUGUUCCGAGAGAGCGUGAGAAAAUUCUUCCAUCAUCAGUCGAAAGAGAACCGCAGGACCUUUUUCGCCAACGAUAUUUUCACUUACUUGAACGAUUUGGCGAACGAGACGGACAAUUUGCCACCAGGUCUGACUGUCAACGGUAUCGCCGCAUCAUGGAUCAACCGGGAUCGAGUGCCGUUGGUCACGGUCAUUCGCGAUUACGAAACUAGAAGAAUCAAUCUCAGCCAGAAAGUUUAUCUGAGAGAUAUACCGCCACAAUCGACAGCAAAAGUAUCGUAUCAGUGGGACAUCCCGAUCGUGAUACAGUUUCAGAAUAAUCUAAAUUUCCACAAUACUAAACCGAUCGUAUGGUUAAGAAAAGAGAACGAGCCGAAGAAUUUAACUAUCUUGGACUUUACUACCAAAGAUAAUUUUAUCAUUGUUAAUCCCGAGGAAAUAGGAAUGUUUCCGGUGAACUAUGACUCCUGCAAUUGGAAGAUGUUAUCGCAGUAUUUGCAAGGACCAGAUCGCGAAAAGAUACCUCCGUUAACGAGAGCGAAGUUGCUGCACGAUGCAUGGAACUUGGCGUAUGCCGGCGAAUUGUGCUUUGGCAUUGCAAUGAACAUGACUCUCUUCCUGAAAGAGGAAAAGAGCCACGUGGUUUGGGAACCGGUGUUUACGAUGAUUCAUCAUAUUGGUCGGCGAAUUGAGGGACUGGACGUGUAUUUCAAAUUCGAGGUUUAUAUCCAAAGCUUGAUAAAGCCUCUUUAUUUGGAACUUGGCGAGAAUCCGCAACCGGACGAACCUUCCUGGAAAACUCAUAUGCGUGGUCUUAUGAAGAAUUUCCUCUGCCGGGCUGGAUAUGAACCUUGCGUUAAGGAAGCUAGGGACGAAUUCAACAAAUGGUUGACCGAUGAAGAACCAGACAAAGGAAACCCGGUCGCGAAUAAAUUCCUGUGCCCGGUGUUUAAAUGGGGCACCAACGAAGAAUGGGAGUUUGGAUUGCAGCGUGUCAUAAAUUUCCCGAAGACCAGCUUGGCGAGAAAACAGAACGAGCGCACUUACUUAUUAAAGACUCUUGCCGGGUGUCCGAAGGAUGCGAAUAAGAUUGAAAGGCUACUGCAAGUGGCUGUGUUGGAUCAGAACGAGAACUUCACGGACGCGGACAUCCAACUGAUCUUCAGCAUGUUGACCGGCGGUGCAACCGGCUACAAGACUCUGUUUAAUUUCCUACAAGAACACUGGUAUGCCGUGAAGGAGCGAUUCCAGAAUAAGACUUACCUCUGGAAUGGUAUCAUCAAUUCUGCCACGUCGUCCUUCAAUACGCAGGAGGGCUACGACAUGGUGAGCCAGCUUUACCUGGACCAUCAGAAUGAAUUCGAGUCGGCGGACGCCAUCAUCAGGAAGGCGCUCAGGGUCAUUAAGCAGGAAUCUAUUAAGUGGAACGAGGAAAACGUGCCGGUGAUCGACACCUGGCUCAAGGAGAACCUGUCUAAGGAAGACUUAGAGACGAUCGCGGCUGCGACGUCUACCUUUAUCCUCUCCACGACCAUCGUACCUACAACGACAGAUUAAACAGCUGAGCGAUGAGACUCGCGAAGCAUGGGUGAAUGAACGAACUCGAAAAUUCGGAAUUUUGAUAUAUUUAACCCAUGUAAGCAACAUCUUUUCAGCUGCACUGAAACUCGUUUCUUACUCCUUUUUUUUUAAACAUGAUAGCGGUACUUUUUAGUUUGCUUGAUAAAUAGAUAAUAGCAUCGCAAUAAUUUUAUUCUUAUAUCUAAUGUUUAUUCGAAUUGAUAGUGAGUUAUGCAACAAUUGUCAACUCAAACACGAUAUGGGAAUCGUGUUUCUGAGCGAGGAGGACUGAUACACGGUGGCAUAAUUAAAACGCGGCGAGAGGAUAUCGGAAAUUGCUCUAGAUAUAUAGUAAAUUAGAAGUACAGGUUGAAAAUAAUGUAUUACAUUUUAUAAAUAUUAAUUUUUAUUUUUGUAAAACUAAUGAAAAUCGAUAUUGCUCGUGUGAUGUAUUUAUUUCAUCGACACAGAUGGUUCACAAAG